CGGCGAGCAAAGGGCCAGCCGUUUGCGCCCACCACGUUGCUGUCACGUUGCUGUCACGUCGCUUCUGCAUCACUGCCACGUCGCUUCUGCAUCACUGCCACGCUACUUCUGCACCACUAUUGUGUUGCCCUUUUCGUUUGAGCCAACUGCCUGACCGCCGAGUCCCCCCAGGAGAGACGGCGCAAAAUGGGGCGAGCACUCCUUCUUGCCCCCCUGUUCACCCUCUUGGUGGCUUUGCUGCCGCCCCCAAUUUUGAGUCUACCCCCACUUGGCGCCCUUAAAAGUGGCGGGGGGAAGCAAAACCUAAGUAACGCUCCCCCCCUGGAGGACACCAGCAAGAAGGGUCUCCUCCUCACCGAAAUAAAAUUACAAAACAGAUUUAAAAAUGAUAUAAAGGGGUUCAUAAGAAACGUGAGAUCCUUUCACGACAGCAUAGAGGAUAGGACCCCCAACUCGUUGCUGUACGUGCAGGAGGAUUUGCUCAACUUUCACAACAGCCAGUUUAUUGGGGACAUACAGAUCGGCACUCCUCCGCAAAGCUUUCGGGUCGUGUUCGACACGGGCUCCAGCAACUUCGCCCUCCCCUCGACGAAGUGUGUCAAAGGAGGCUGUGCGUCCCACAAGAAAUUCAACCCGGACGAGUCCAGGACGUACGCGCGGCAGUUGAAAGGCAAUAAGGAGUCCAUUUACACCUACAUCCAGUACGGGACGGGAAGGAGCAUCCUUGAGCACGGAUAUGACGACGUCAAUUUAAAGGGACUGAGGAUCAAACAUCAGAGUGUCGGGCUAGCUAUAGAAGAGUCUUUACACCCCUUUUCCGAUUUACCCUUCGAUGGGAUUGUUGGCCUGGGAUUUUCAGACCCGGACUUCAGCUUUAAGAAAGGAUACGGGACGCCCUUAAUAGAGACGAUAAAAAAGCAGCUAACCGGCCCAUCCAGCCUGAUGCAACCGCUGAUAGAAAAACUGGACCUGCGGAAGGACUGCUCAAAUAAGAGCAGCUUGCCAAAUAUUUCUUUCAUUUUAAAAAAUGUCGAAGGGAAGGAGGUGAAGUUCGCUUUUACGCCGGAUGACUACAUCCUGGAGGAAACUGACGAGGAGGAUAAUUCUGUUCAGUGCGUGAUCGGAAUAAUGUCGCUGGACGUCCCCGCGCCUCGCGGGCCCAUCUUUGUCUUCGGCAACGUUUUCAUAAGAAAGUAUUACUCUAUAUUUGACAAUGACCAUAAGCUCGUGGGCCUCAUUGAAGCUCGGCACGACUGGUAA